UAUGUCACCCUGAGAUGAUUAUUCUUCAAGGUUUUUGUUCAUUAUUUAGAUAUUUACUGAUGUAUGAACUGAUGUAAACAUUUAUUCAGCUUGUUUUCUUGUGUUUCCUGAUGAAAAAACAGUCAUGAGUGAUUUUUACCUUCACAACCUGAUUUCGCUUUCUGCUGCGAUGGAGGAGCUGGAACGACUGCAGCAUCUAAACAACCAGAUUAUCUGGACUUCCUGGCCGUCUUCUGUCCAGACCCGCAGAGCUGCUGCUGUUGGAAAAUCACAAAGAGUUUCCAGGAGGAAACGCGUCAGAGGAGUUCAUCGCUAUGACAUCAUCACGAUUCCCGAUGAACGCAGCAGACUGAUGACGCUCGCUGUGGAAAACUGUAGCGAUCAAAUCGUCCUGACGUGGCUGAGAGAAAACUCAGAGUCCAGCACCUUCAGCAAGCUGGCGGACAUGUUUAACUUCCUGAAGACACACAUCGCUGCAGAGGAGAAGAAGGACCACGGCGACGCAGUGGACGUCGUCUUCAUGGCUCAUGGAUCAAUCCGAGACUUCAUGAUCCCAGCCAGCUGUCUGCUGCCUCUGGCCUCCAUCAGGGACGUGGUUCUUUAUGCUCCCUGGAAUUGCGUCACCUGCAAUUUGGGGUACGCCAUCGCCACAGGACGACUGCAGCCUCAGCACAGAGUCUUCUACUGCACCAAGAAGCUCGGCUGCACAGUUCCUGAUGAAAAACAUCGACCCGUGAAGCUACCGGACCGCUGGAACUCAAUGAAACAGGCUGGAGACCAGAUGAUCCCAAACAUCUCAGUUAGUCCUCUACGACCAGACGAUGGAAUCUGGAAAAGAUUUGAGUCUCUCACCAAAAAACACGGUUCUGUUGGGAGAAACCGGAUCGUGGUUCCGUUCAUCUUCCCAGGAAAAGAAUCAGACAGCGUCCCGUUCUCUGUGGUCACCUUGGCCCUGUCUCUGGUUCUACUGCAGUCCAGGUUCAAAGCCACCGUCCACCUGGACGCCUGUCUGGGAGACCAAUCUGUUGGACAGAAGUUUGAUAAAAGCUACCUGGAGCAGCAGUACGCCUGCGCCAUCGACGGAACCGGACUGGCGUGUUCUCCUGAGAUGUUCAGUCGGGUCCAGUUGAACAUCCCUGAGGUUUAAACAGCAC